CCCAUCGCCACUAAUCGAAUCGUAUGUAAAGAAGAAGCAAAAGAAAGAUGGCUGCCACCGGGAAGAAGACAGUUGCAGUUGAAGAUGUCAAUGUCACAUUUGAAGACCAGAAGAAGAUUAAUACAUUUGCCAGAAACACAAAUCGAAUGACAGAGUUUAAAGAUGAAAUAGAAGCAAAAAAGAAAUCUCUACAGAAUCUGCAGGAUGCCAGUGAUGACCUGAUGAUGGCUGAGGAUGACACUCUGCUCGUCCCGUAUCAGAUUGGAGACGUCUUCAUCAGUCACACCCAGGAAGAGACCCAAGAGAUGUUGGAAGCUGCAAAGGAACUACUGCAGCAGGAGAUCAAAGACCUAGAAAGGAAGGUGUCGACAAUACAGCAGGUGUUGGGUGAUCUGAAGGUCCAGCUCUACGCCAAGUUUGGGAACAACAUCAACCUGGAGGCAGAUGAAAGCUGAUCCUAGAUUUGUUUGUGCUGUUUAGUAUGACAAUUAGUCAAUGAUUAUAGGAGUUGACAAGAUGCCACAAACAGAUCUGGGAUCAGGUUAAGUGGGCAACUAUCUCUUUACACAUGGAGUUUUCAUGCACAAGCAUUUCGCUACACCCGCAAUAACAUCUGCUAAACACGUGUAUGUGACAAAUAAAAUUUGAUUUCAUUUGAUAUUAUCCGAUCCACAGACUGCUGACAGGAUGCUUGCCAAACCAACAUGUUUGUCAUUUUCUCAGCAUCAACACAAUUAUUUUCAGCAUGAGUACACUGCAAUGGUUUACGGUCUUAUUUUGUAUGAAUGUCAGUGAAUGUACCACUUGACUUUUUAUUUAGUUUUAGUUUUUGUGUACUUGCACUGGGUCUCAGUAAUAUAUGUCCCUAUGGACUGAUGUCUUUGUACACAAGAUGGCCAUGAAGAAAACAACCCAAGGAUUUACCUUUGCAGUACGCCGCUGACAGGAACCACUACAUGUCCUGUUACCAUAAUGAGAAAAAUCAGUCCACGGGCCUAUAUUGCUGAAUCCCAGUGCAAGUACUAAACAAUUAAAACCUCUUCAACCAGUCUUUAUAAAGUAAAGAUGGUAACGUGUUCCUCAUGGAUUUUUUUUUAAUGUUUCCAAUUUGGUUAUGAAACAGAAAUUAAUAAUAUCUUAAUUCAGAUUCAACUGCUUUAAGACCCAAACAUGUAGGCUACUGUGUGUGUAUACCCUAAAGUGUAUCUUAAAGGUGCAAUCUGUCGUUUCAUUUCUGGUCAAAAAUAUCUAGCAAGACUGACAAAAGGAGUAUUUUUUUAGUGCACUGGAAACUGAUCGUCUUAAAUGGAACCAAGGUUGAUUUGUGUGUUUGUUUUUGUUUUUCGAAUGUUUAUGCAUUUCGCCAGUGAGGGCAACCUAUAAAGAAAGUUCUUACAAUUCUGCUGCA